AGACCGCGGUGGCGGUCGCCGGCGCGGGAGCGGAGCGGGAGUCCGCGGCCAUGGAGAAAGCGCGGCCGCAGUGGUCCAACCCGCUGCAGUUCGUGUUCGCCUGCAUCUCGUACGCCGUGGGGCUGGGCAACGUGUGGCGCUUCCCCUACCUGUGCCAGAUGUACGGCGGAGGUAGCUUCCUGGUCCCCUACCUCAUCAUGCUCAUCGUGGAGGGAAUGCCACUCUUGUACCUGGAACUGGCGGUGGGGCAGCACAUGCGGCAGGGCAGCAUUGGAGCAUGGAGGACCAUCAGCCCUUACCUCAGUGGUGUCGGGGUGGCCAGCGUGGUCGUGUCCUUCUUCCUCUGCAUGUACUACAACAUCAUCAACGCCUGGGCCUUUUGGUACCUCUUCCACUCCUUCCAGGAUCCCCUGCCGUGGUCGGUCUGCCCGCUGAACAGCAACCGCACAGGCUACGAGGAGGAGUGUGAGGCGGCGUCCUCCACGCAGUACUUCUGGUACAGGAAGACGCUCAACAUCUCGCCAUCCAUCCAGGAGAGCGGGGCCGUGCAGUGGGAGCAGGCGCUCUGCCUCAUCCUGGCCUGGCUCACGGUGUACCUGUGCAUCCUGAGGGGCACUGCGUCCACCGGCAAGGUGAUGUAUUUCACAGCGCUGCUGCCCUACUGCGUGCUCAUCAUCUAUCUAGGCCGGGGCCUCACACUCCAUGGAGCCACCAAUGGUCUGAUGUACAUGUUCACUCCAAAGAUGGAACAGCUGGCCAACCCCAAGACCUGGAUCAACGCAGCCACCCAGAUCUUCUUCUCCCUUGGCCUGGGGAUGGGCAGCCUGAUCGCCUUCGCCAGCUACAACGAGCCCUCCAACAACUGCCAGAAGCACGCCAUCAUCGUGUCCCUUAUCAACAGCGCCACCUCCAUAUUUGCCAGCAUUGUGACCUUCUCCAUCUAUGGCUUCAAGGCCACCCUCAACUAUGAAAGCUGCUUAAACAAGGUGAUUCUGCUGCUGACCAAUUCUUUUGACCUUGAAGAUGGCUUUUUGACAGCCAGCAACCUGGAGCAGGUGAAGGGCUACCUAGCGUCUGCCUACCCAAGCAAAUACAGUGAGGUGUUCCCACUUAUUAAAAACUGCAGCUUGGAAUCGGAGCUAGACACGGCUGUUCAGGGCACUGGCCUGGCUUUCAUCGUCUACAGCGAGGCCAUUAAGAACAUGGAGGUGUCCCAGCUGUGGUCAGUGCUCUACUUCUUCAUGCUGCUGAUGCUGGGCAUUGGGAGCAUGCUGGGGAACACAGCAGCCAUCCUCACCCCUCUGACUGACAGCAAGGUCAUUUCCAGGCACCUGCCCAAGGAGGUCCUAUCAGGUCUGGUAUGCCUCAUCAACUGUGCUGUGGGCAUGCUGUUCACUAUGGAGGCUGGGAACUACUGGUUCGACAUAUUCAACGACUACACGGCCACACUGUCCCUGCUGCUCAUUGUCCUGGUGGAGACAAUCGCCGUGUGCUACGUGUACGGGCUGAGGAGAUUUGAAAGUGACCUUAAGGCCAAAACUGGCCGCACUCUCAGCUGGUACUGGAAGGGCCUGUGGGCCGGCGUGAGCCCCCUGCUGAUCGUCAGCCUCUUUUUCUUCUACCUGAGCGACUACAUCCUCAUGGGCACUCUGCAGUACCAAGCCUGGGACGCCUCUCAGGGCCGGCUUGUGACCAAAGAUUACCCUCCCUAUGCGCUGGCUGUCAUUGGGCUGCUGGUGGCCUCCUCCACCAUGUGCAUCCCCCUAAUGGCCCUGGGGGCUUUCAUCAUGCGCCACCUCAGGAAGGGAGACGCUACCCCGGUGGCCUGA